AUGUCCCGCCAGCCGUCCCCUGGGCCCUCACACCUGUCCUUGCAACCUACCUACCACUCACCGGUGGUGCUGGCAAAUCCUGCUUUCCAGCAACCGAAGCCACAAAGACAGAAGGCUUACGUAUCAGGUAUCACUGCGGGCGUUGAGGACGUCAAAUACCAGGCCAAGUACAAGGAUCUGAAAAAGAAAGUAAAGGAAAUAGAAACCGAUAAUGACAGGCUGUACUUCAAGCUGCUUUUGGCCAAGAAAAAUAUCCGCCGAAUGAACCUUGAGCGAGCUAUUCUGUACGAGCGCCUCGCUGCUGUUCCGCCUACUCCGGGCAGGCAUCCUCAGGAGCUGCCACUGGUGGAGGAUCCUCUGUUCCACCCACAGGCCCCUCUCCCGCCGGAAUCCAUGAUAGAUCCCAGCGACCACGCCCUCGUUGAAUACAUGCGUACCCAUCCAAAUGCGCGCCUCAUUCAGGCUCCCGAUGGGAGAGUCAUCGCCGUCGAAGACACGCCUGCCCCAAUUGUCCACGGCGAAGUAAACACAAUGAUACCGCAGCCGCCCCCGCACGAGCUGCCCCUCGUGCACAGCUUCCACCAUGAUUCGGGGCCCGGGUACGACCCCAAUAGACAAUUGCCCCCGCUGCCUCCAAUGAUUUCUCCCCUACGCGCGCCCGAGUCUCCGUCACAGGGCCUUCCGCCCAUGGGCGAGCACCAUCACCACCAUUAUCCCCCGGGACACCCGCACGCCCACGCCCACACGUCGUCGCACAGCAGCAGUUCUAGUCACCACGCGUCCUCGGCUCGCCCGGACCUCGAUGCACUCGCAGGCGGUUCCCGCAUGGAGCCUCUUCCCAUGCACAGCCGCAGCCCGAGCACGGGAGACGACAGACGGCGGCCGGCACCGCUCCCCGUCCCGACGCACCCACAGAUGCCCGCGUCGCCGCCGCCCUCUGCGCCGUCGCCGACGAGCACGCGCAGCACCGGCGGGAGCAUCGGCGGGAACUCGCGCAUCCAUAACCACCAACGCAUUGGCCCCGGCGCGAAUAUCCACCGCGAGAUGGCGCAGCGAGAAGCGCGGGAGCUCGAGGCGCUCCGCCAGCGCGAGAUGGAGGCGGAGCUGUACGAGCGCGACGUGGCGUACCAGUCGCGCAUGGAUGUUGAGGAGCAGGACGAGGCUGCCGCUACCGGCGCAGCGCAGUGGCGCAACGACGCGCCGCUGGUCGGCCCGGGAGUGUCGCAUGGCACGUCGCGCGCGGACACGCCGAAUGGAAAUAGCGCGAACAGGACCCCGACGCGUCCUGCGUCCGGCGAGGCGUAUGAGUAUGACCGCGAACACGAGCGCUCGCGGUCGUACGGCUCGCGCGUGUAUGAGGAACACGAAGACCGCGCUGCGCACAUGCCUCCGGUGGACGUGGGCGCGGUGGCUAUGGAGUCACGGAAGAGAUCGCGGAGUGAUAUCGAAGCGGGUGAUGAUUACGACGGUGAGAUCCGUUCUCCAAUUGAAGGUGGGGCUGCGGGGAGGCCUUCUCCUCUGUCGGGAAGCUCGGCGUCUGACGGCAGGGCAGCCAAGAGGAUGCACCCGGGUGAUGAUGAGGGAGGUUCCGGUGAAAGGAGAGACGAGCCGAUGGAUGAGGACGCGUAG